CUGUCUCUGCUCAGUCGAGGGGAUUUUGAAAAAGAGUUGGUCGUCUCAAUGUAGGGCAUGCUAUGACCGCCUCAUUACUCCUCCACUCGCACUGGAUUGACCCGGUGAUGUUCCUCUACGAGAACGGUUUGGAUGAGAGAAGCAAGAACAUGGAGGGAUUUACUGGUGGCAACUUUGCGUCAAAUCAGUGCAGGAAUUUGUUAGCGCAUCCAACCUCGCUGGCUCCCAGCACCACCUACACUUCGAGUGAGGUGCCAGUCUCUGGCAUGGGAGAGCCUGGCAAACAAUGCAGCCCCUGUUCUGCCACCCAGAGCUCGUCCAAUGCAUCUCUGCCCUACGGAUAUUUUGGCAGCGGUUACUACCCAUGCAGGAUGUCCCACGGCAGCGUGAAGGCUUGCGCACAGCCCUCCGGUUAUGGCGAUAAAUACAUGGACUCGUCGGUCUCUGGCGAGGAGUUUUCCACCCGGGCGAAAGAGUUCGCCUUCUACCAGGGCUACUCGUCUGCUCCUUACCAAGCCAGCUACUUGGAUGUGCCCGUCGUACCUGCUCUCAGCGCCCCAUCCGAGCCACGACACGAGUCCCUGCUGCCCAUGGAGCCCUACCAGCCGUGGACCAUAACCAACGGCUGGAGUGGUCAAGUUUACUGCACCAAAGAGCAGCCGCAGUCCAACCCUCUGUGGAAAUCCACGCUACAAGACGCCAUAUCUGGUGGGGACAGCUCAAUGCGCCGUGGGAGAAAGAAACGCGUGCCAUACACCAAGGUGCAGCUCAAAGAACUGGAAAGAGAGUAUGCCACCAACAAAUUCAUCACCAAAGACAAGAGGAGACGGAUAUCCGCGCAGACAAAUCUGACAGAGAGACAAGUGACAAUUUGGUUUCAGAACAGGCGCGUAAAGGAGAAAAAGGUGGUCAAUAAAUUCAAGAGCUCCAGUUAGCUGUGGAGAGACUCUUGACAAGACGUGAAAGGCGGACAUGGAUGCGUUUUCAUCCAAAAACUGCUCUAUAUAAUUUAUUACAUUAUGAACGGUGUCAAUGCCGCCAGAACGGCUCUGUUUUGAACACAGUCUCCCCUUUAAACUUUAAUUGGAACCAGUCGAAGAGGCCUGUUGACAGAAGAUCGGAAAUGGUUUGGAGCUUAAGGCGAUUCUGCGAGGGAUGCUUUAAUAAUUACCAAACGAUAAGACAUUUUUCCAUCGACGUGACACCUCAGUCAAACUGUCCUUCUCCUUCUCUAAUCAAUAAAAAUGGAGUAACACAGCAGCGCUUUUUGAUAUUUGAGGGUGACGGCGAAAGGGGGGGUCCUCUUUCUGUCCGCAUCACAGCUCAAAUCUAUUUAGCAAAGAGAAAAACUGAAAUGAAUAAAAAACGUAAAUGAAUCAGGAAAAAAGUCUUCUCCGGAGACGAAAUGAAAUGAACUCCUCUGCUGAAAGCUUCAAGCACAGGUAACGCUUCAGGCCUUCAGAGACAGCCCGUUUCAAACCAGUCUUUUAUUCCCAGCCAGUAUUUAAUGAGACCUUAUCAAACCGACUGUCCUCUACAUCCUAACAGAAUGUCCAAACUCUGCAUUUAGCAUUUUCUCUCAUUUUUGUUUUAGUCACCAUCACUCUCAUGUCGACUCAUUGACCAUCUAUUUAAUUCUACCUGAAUGCUAUUUGAUUUUUUUUUUUUAAGAGGUGAACUUCUGCAAUACAAAAAUGCAUAAAUGUUCUUAAUACACAUUUAAGCGUGUAAAUACUUGGACCACAGCUAUCCAUCACCCCUUUCCCGACUGCAAUAGCCAAAGUUGAGUUUUUCUUUUUGCCAAUAAAUGUCUGAAAGACGUCAUUUGU